CCCAUAUGCGCACAAUGGUAUCCCCUUAUCGAGACAUAAUAGGUAUGUCUCGAUAUAUAAAGAUAGUGAUAUGGCUUAUUGUCUCGCUUUUUCCUCGCUUAUGCCAAGAGUAUGUCCUACAACGGCCGAGGAUCGCGUCGGUCUCCUGCGCAGACGCCGGGUCCUACCACCUCAGCCAUCCUUCAACCUCAGACGCGCUGGAAUGCAUCGAGCAGAAGUCCCUCCAACCUGUAUUCCUCGUCACAAUCCGCGCCGCCGCAUGCUAUCGGAUCCCACGACGCUCGCGCUCCUGCGGUCAACCCUCAUGAUGAGCUCUUGUGCUUUCCCGAGUCUACGUACCCCGCCUACCCCCCUGCGCUACAACCGCUCUCCCUCGACUCCUGGCGCCCAGGCUACGGAAAUCCCGAGCUGUCACCCCUCACGAUCUCCCUUUCCCCGGCGUCAAAUGGCGAUCAUCUUGACUUCGUGAACGAGAUGCCGCCCGAAAUUUUGGCGGAGAUAUUCGUGCACACCCUGCCGCUGCGCGUGGACGAUGCGAAGCCUAACCGUUGGUACGAACCUUUCGUCAUCAGCCAUGUCUGCCGUUAUUGGAGAGACGUGGCAAUAAACCUUCCGACUCUAUGGCAGCGGCUCUCCUUGGCAGGAUGUCCGAGCAUGCACGACCACCGCCCCCUUGAACUCGCUCGCCUUUUCGCGGACAGAUCACGCGGCAUGGGUAUGCUGUUCGAGUAUAGCGAUGAUGAAGCAUCCAUCCUGCUCUGGCAUGACCCCGAAGAACUCGUCCCCAAUGGUCUUCCAAUCACACCCGCGAACCAGCGAUGCUACUGCGUUCUCGACUUCAUCAUCUCGCACAUCGCGCAGAUACGCGUGCUCGAACUCACCGUUGUACACGCAUCGUGCCAUCGGCUCGCAUCCCUUCCACAAGGAGCAGCACCCGUAUUGCGCGAGAUCUCCGUCCAGUUUCUCGAGGGAGGAGAGGAAACACAGGCGCUCUCCCGCCUAUACGCUACCUCGCCACAGCUGGCGCAUUUUUCCAGAAGGAGCUAUAUGGAAAUCUGCAGUAUACCGCUCCCGAUCGAUGUGCCCUGGCAACGGCUCGUCAGCGCCCACAUCGGCGACUCUCCUGUUCCCCACACCAAGUUCCUCGAGAUCAUGACUGUUGGACAAUCGCUGGCGCAGCUCGAGAUCGUUCUCUGCUCUGACGCACAUACACCCUUCAGGCCGCUGCAAACCCCCAUCACCCAAAACAACCUGCGGACCCUCAUUGUCUAUGACGAUGAGCCGCUCGAUGCUGUUCUGCAAAGCCUUCGACUCCCCUCACUCCGCGAAGUGAGACUGCGGCCGAAAACGAGCGAUCCCCCUGUUUGGCCUUGCAACGAUGCGAGGAUUCUGCAACAAUUCGUUCAGGCAACAUCGGGAGGAUUGCAUGUCUUGGAACUGUCGGAUGCGAUUAGCCUGUCCGAAGGAGACCUGAUAGCUCUGCUUCAGCUCCCGCAGGCAGCGUCGCUUACCACGCUGCAAGUGUGCGGUCCGCUCAUACAGGACGCGUUUUUUACUCUUCUGGAUCCUACGUGCGGACCACCACUUGCACCUGACUUGACAAAAUUGAUUAUCAGCCGUUGUGCUAUCACUGACGGUAUCAUUGCGGACAUGCUUGCCUCGCGUCAACAACAUCACCAUCCUCUGCGCUCUGUGCAUAUUGUUUACCACCCCUUAUGUCAGGGUCGACAUUCCAAGGAUAUAUCUGGUUUCCAAUUACUGAAGGAGCAAUACGGCAUGCGCAUAUGGUGGGCGUGAUAGAGAAGUACAUAAGAUAGUUACAUAUAUAUAUAUACAACAUUUUUACCUUACUCUGAGAUCUUUCCAAUCAUCCUACAGUCGCAGCCCAGGUGUACCCCGUGGCCGCCCUCAGCUGCUCUCGCAAGGCUGGGGCGCGAUUAGCUGCAUACCAAG